AUGAAGAACAAAGUGGACCUUAUGUUCAUCUCAGAGCCAAACAGGAAAAUUUGCUCGAAGGAAUGUUGGUUCAUGGACAAGAGAGGGGAUGUUGCCGUUAAAGUGUGCAGCAGGACUAUUGAGCUGGAGGGAAUUAAGCUAUACAACGGGUACAUCUGCGUGUCACUGCCCAAACUGAAAAUAUACGCCACUUAUAUUCCACCGAAUGUCACAAUGCAGAGAUUCAAGGAAUCUGCAGAUGCGGUGUUCGAGAAAGCUGCACAGCAACCACAGGCAUCCAUUAUACUCGGUGAUCUGAACUCCAAAUCAGAAAUAUGGGGUUCCCCCAGAGCUGACCUUAGAGGUGAGCACAUAGAGGGCUGGUUGUCUCAGUUGCGAUGGGGGGCGGCAAACAGUGGCAAGCAUACUUUCGAGAGGGCUGCUCUAGGAGCCACAUCGACGUCACCUUCGGAUCAGAAAGAACCCUGCGGAGUAUAUGUUGUAUGUAUGUUGAUGAGUGAACACGUAUUGUUUCGGAGCUCCGUUCUGAUUGAUGAAUUUCGGUGA